AUGGCCACCACUGAGACUCCCGUUGCCAUCACAGCCACAGCCACCGAGGCUGUGGCUCAGCCAGACACCACCCCUAUCGUCCCUGCGGACAAGGCCGUCGAGACGCCCCUUGCAGUCACAGUCGAAGCACCUGCCGAUUCUGCCGUCGCCACCGAAAAGCCCGCAGACGAGACUGCCAUUGCUGAGCCAGCCACGACUACCGAAGAAGACGUCAAGCCUACGGAGGAAGCAGCAGCAGCAACAGCAGCAGCACCGUCGACCGAAAAGGAUGCAGCAGUGCGAGAGGAGAAGAAGACUGGCUUUUUGACCUCGCUGCGAAAGGGGCUCAACGUCGCCCUCGUCCCAAAGCCAAGCCUCGACAGUGCCACCGACGCAAAGAACAAGAAGGAAGAGGCUCAGCAAGCCGAGACCAUCCCCGAGACUACAGGUGAAGACGCCGUCGAAGGCGCAGAGGGUAUCCCCUCCGAGCCUGCUCCAGCUGCCACUGCCACCGACUCUACCGCUCCACCUCCUGUGCGAAGGACAUCCUUUGCGGCCUUCAAGCACCGAGUCUCGCACGGCUUUGGCACUCCCAGUGCCAGCCCUUCUGCCACGCCCACCAAGAAGGGGGCUACCAACACCACCGUCGCCCUCACCGCUUCUCCGCCAGCAUCACCUCGCAAGUCCACCUCGGCCAAGUUGCACGAGCUGGCAGAGUCGGCCGCCGACAAGGCCGAGGAGACUGCUGCCCACAUCAAGCACAACAUCGAGGCAGUCGCGGCCAAGAUCACAGAGGACAGCGCAAAGCCUGAGGAAGGUACUACCAAAGCUCCUGGAACUGCUCACAAGAAGGUCGAGCCUUUCAAGGGCUUGGGCAAGAAGCUCGAAGAAGCCUUCCACAAGAAGCCGUCAGCCAGCAAGCCUGCAGCCACCGAAGCCGAAGCCGUGGCAACUCAGGAGUCGGCCGAUGCUGCACCUGUCGUAGCUGAAGCUGCUGACACCGAAGCCACCACCGACAAGGCCCCUGAGGCCGCUGCAGACGAGGACGCCGAGGCUCUCAACGCUGCUGCAUCCAAGACCGAAGGCGAAGCAUCUCAACCUGCAAAGUCUGAGAAAAGGUUCCUGGGCCUCAAGAAGCGAUUCUCCAUCUCCGUCCAGUCCAAGGGCGGUGACAAGAGUGCUGCCACUUCUGGAGACGAAGGAAAGGACGCCGCCGUUAUCACCAAGGAAGCCAGCUCUGCUGAGCCAGUCGUCGAGACCGCAGCCAACGAUGCCGCACCGUCGGGCAGCGAGCCCGCCAUACAGGAUGCUCCCAAGGAGACGCCACCCGUUGCUCAGCGCAGGACAUCGAUCUUCUCCGCCCUUGUGAACGGCAAGAGCAAGACGGCUACAAGCCCAGCAGCCGUCGCCAAGGCCGACCCCCUCGAGACCGCCGUUGAGGCCGCUGCGACCGAAGAGGCCACAACCGAGGCAGUUCCAGCUGAAGCUGCUGCACCCACUACUCCCGAGCCUGCCGUCAAGGAGCUCGAAAGCGCCCCCGCCAGCCCUGCCAAGGGCUCCAAGAAGGCUAGCGGUCCCUCUUCCUUUGGCUUGGACAAGCUCAACAAGAUGGCCAACAAGAUCCUUGACAAGGGAAAGGACAAGGCCAACAAGAACCGCCUGAGCGUCGACUCCCACCAGGCCAAGAAGGACAAGGAGGCAGAGGCUACCCCUGUCACCCCCACUGAGCAGGCAGAGGAGAAGAUCGAGGCAUCCGUCGCCGCCACUGAGGCUCCUGUCGCUGCGCCUGCGCUCCCUGUCGAGGCUGUCGCCGUUCCCUCCAUCGCCAUCGAAGGCGAGGAUGAGGCAGCCAAGCCAGCUGAGGUCAAGGUCGAGGAGAAGGCUGAGGAGAAGGUCGAGGCUGAGCCCGUCGCUGCCGCUGCCGCUGCCGAGGUCGCUCCCGUCGUCGAGGAGAAGAAGGAGUAG